AUGGGGAUAAAGUACAGCUAUGAGAUACAUGAUCCUUCGAAGGCUGUGAAGGGUAAGAUCGACAAUGCAAAGGUAAGCUUCAAGAAGACUAGAGAGACUUGCUGUACUCUAAGGAAGAGGAAGCUGCUUGACGCAAUUCAGUAUCUGAAAAACGUGAUUAGCAAGACCGAAUGUGUACCGUUUAGAAGAUACAACCGUGGAUGCGGGCAAACACACCAAGCAAGGAAGUUCAGCAUACCUAGAAAAGAGAUUGUGAAGGCCAAUGGAGAGAAAGUGAUUAAAAGGGGACAUGUCCAAACAAGAGGGAGAUGGCCUAAGAAGUCUGCCGAGUUCGUAAUUUCACUUCUUGAAAGCGUCAAGGAAUCUGCAGAAUCCAAGAGUUUGGAUGUGGGAAGUUUGGUGAUAACACAUAUCCAAGUCAGCAAAGCUCCAAAGAUCUUUGGAAGGACCUUCCGAGCACAUGGAAGAGUAAAUCCAUUCAAUAAGAGCCCAUGCCAUAUUCAGGUUGUUGCAGAAGUGUUGGAGAGCAACGAUGUUAGCAUCGAGGCCUAA